CACCCACACAGCAGCUCACCCCUCGCGCCUCUCCGCAGCCUCCCCCACCCACACAACAGCUCACCCAUCGCGCCUCUCCGCAGCCUCCCCCACCGCCAUUUCCACCGCCAUGAGCCAAUACACAGACGACUUUAUAACCUCGCUGCUGAAGAAAGAAGCAGCGGUGCAAGCCACCCGCUUCGGAGGCCCCGCGGCUCCCGCAACUAGACCCGCCAGAAUCCCGAAACCGAACACGCGCUUCCUGCGGAACAUUGUGCGCGAGGUCGAUUCGCACAACACUGCGCUGCUGGCGCGCGAGGCCGCAGAGGCGCAGGCGCGACUGCGACGGCUGAGGAGGAAGGCUGAUGGGAGGUUGUCGAGGUCGCCCGAGAGGGAGCGGGAGAGGAGUAGGGAGCGGGAAGUGAAGGCGAUGGAGAAGAAGCAGGAGAGGGAGAGGGAGAGGGAGAGGGAGAGGGAGAGGGAAGGGCGCCUGUCGAGAUCCCCCGAGGGCGCCCGUCAAGCCCGGCGUCGCCAUCACGAGCGCGACGAUCACAGCCGCAGCGAGAGACGCCGCAGGCACGGCAGUCGCGAGAAGUCGCCGAAGAACGGAGAGACGGAUCGCGCGCGACAUACGGACAGGCACAAGAAGCGGUCGCGGUCAGAACCCCCGGAGGGUGAUAGACACACCAACCACCAUCACCGACACAAGGACCGCGAUAGACGUUCGAGACACAACCGGAGUCGAUCGAGGUCGAAGCAGGGACGGCGGAGACGCAGACACCGUGACAAGGAAUUGGAAGAGAAAGAUGGCGGCUCGGUGGAUGAGCGACACCGGGAGAAGAAACGGCGGAUGAGCGAUUCCAAAGCCAAGGAUCUGCCGGCGGAUGCCCACGAUGAUCAUCGGAAAUUGGGCGACCGCGGUCCUAGCAGGCACGAGCGGUCCGCCAGCCAAUCCUCUGAUGCUUCGGAAGAUUUCAUCGGACCUGCCGCCCAGACGCAAGCGGAACCCCGCGCACGAGGCCGCGGCACCACCGGCAAAGCAGCUAUGGAUUCCCGCUUCCUCGACGACUACAAUCCCGCGCUUGACAGUCAAUCUCCGGUCGACGAAGUGGAGGCGUUCCGAGAUCGACAGAGACUGAAGAAUCAGGGCGCCCAGCGACUGCGCGCCGAGAGACCCGGUGAAGACUUCAUCAAGGCGUGGGAAGACAACGACACGCAGAACCCCAACAACAUAAAAUGGACGAAAAAGGGCGACACAAGGGAGUGGGAUAGAGGGAAGGUUCUAGAGGAUGAUAGCAGUGGCGAUUUACGGGCGGAUUGGAUCAAGGCCCUCACUCUCGGAAGCUCAAUUGACCGAUAACUGCGGGGAGGGGAGACGUCUUGACGACAGGAUCAUAUCGGUGAUGUAAAUAGGUAGAGGGAUGAAUAAUGGGAGGUUGCUGGUGUUUUUGGUACACAUACUGCUCUCUUCACGUGAUGGCAUGCGGUUA